AUGAAAAGGCGAAUUUUGUUACAGUUUUGGUCAGCGUUCGUUCCCUGCAGCUCACAAAAUAAAGACGCUGUUCAGCUGACACUCGAACAAAUUGACGUCAUUAAGAGACUGGUUGAGAAAUAUCCGCAAUACUUUCAAAUGGCCACCUCCGUUACAGACAUCCUUGAAGCUCACAACGCUCGGCCUCGCAGGAUCGCCUCUCUAAUUGGCAUCGAAGGCGGUCACUCUAUAGCUAACUCUCUUGGAAUACUUCGGAGCUAUUAUCAACUGGGCGUCCGAUACAUGACUUUGACACAUACGUGUAACACUCCGUGGGCUGAUUCGUCCAACGAACCUGCAGCUGCUAAUGGUCUAACAGAAUUUGGAGAGAAAGUAGUGAAAGAGAUGAAUAGACUGGGAAUGUUGGUGGAUCUAUCCCAUGUCGGUGAGAACACAACCCGGGCCGCGAUUCGUCUCUCAAAGGCCCCAGUUAUCUUCAGCCAUUCGUCUGUAUACAGCCUCUGUGCUCACAAAAGAAACGUUCCCGAUGACAUCAUACAAUCUUUGAAAACGAAUGGUGGUUUGAUCAUGGUGAAUUUCUUUCCUGACUUUGUGAAGUGCUCUCCCAACGCUACUAUAUCAGAUGUAGCUGAACAUUUCCACUACAUUAAAACUAUGAUCGGAGCUGAUUACGUGGGCAUUGGUGGUGACUUUGAUGGAGUUAACAGGGUACCACGUGGUUUGGAAGAUGUGUCCAGAUAUCCUCAACUAUUUGCUGAACUACUACGCAGUGGACAGUGGACUGUGCAAGAGUUGAAGAACUUGGCAGGCUUAAACAUGCUACGCGUUAUGCGUCAAGUUGAAAAGGUACGAGAUGACAUGCGAACUAACGGCGUAGAACCCGAGGAACAUCCAGAUUCACCCACCGACAACGGAAAUUGUACCAGCAACGCUUUCUUCCAGGACUUCGUUUAA